UACUACAUUGUUACGUCCAGAGAGUUCUUAGAGAUACAUAUAUAAACACAUAAUGGCGUUGGUAAUGGACAACUGCGAGGGCAUGUUCAUGUCACACAAAACGUCGCCGUCUUCUUCCUCGUCUGUUCCGGCUCCCUUUCUGACCAAAACGUACCAGCUCGUCGACGACCCGACGACCGACCACAUAGUCUCAUGGGGCAAAGACGCCGCCACCUUCGUCGUCUGGCGGCCGCCGGAGUUCGCCCGCGACCUCCUCCCCAACUACUUCAAGCACAACAACUUCUCCUCAUUUGUCCGCCAGCUCAACACCUAUGGUUUCAGAAAGAUUGCUCCCGACAGGUGGGAGUUUGCCAACGACUUCUUCAAGAGAGGAGAACAACACUUGUUGUGCGAGAUCCACCGGAGGAGGACGGCGCUGCCACAUGCGGCCGGAAACCACCACCACCCGACUAGCGGCACCGGCGAUCCGAGUUUCUUCUAUCCGGGCCCGCGUCUUGGGUCCUCCUCCCAGGACUCAGACGAGCCGCCAUUCACACUGCAACACGACAACAACAACAAGAACAGCAAUAUGAUCAAAUGUGACUCGCUGUCUUACGGUUCUCCGGCGCCGGUUCCGGCCGCCGGCGGGGGGCGAAACCCGGUGGCGGCGCUGUGGGAGGACAACGUGAGGCUGAGGAGGAGCAACAAUAUGCUGAUGACGGAGCUGGCCCACAUGAGGAAGCUUUACAAUGACAUCAUAUACUUCGUCCAGAACCACGUCAAGCCCGUCUCCCCCAGUAACGCGUUGAUGACUCAGUUCCCGGCGAGUCAACUCGGAACCCAUCACCGCAGUCGCACCUCCGCCGGCCUGGACCUCAGCUCACCUACGAAAACGUCGCAGAGCAGCGUGACCAUUUUGGAAGAGCCGUCGCCGGCGCCGGAGAGUGAUGCCGAGCACCGCCGGACAAAGCUGUUCGGAGUCCCGAUUCAGUCAAAGAAAAGAGCCCGUCCUGAUGAUGAUGAUGAUCAUUUAACAUUGCAUCUCAAGCCGCCUUCUGUUAAUUAAUUAAUUAGUUAUGAUGAUUA